AUGGGUAAACGAGGGCUCAGGCGAAAAAUUUUAUGCGGCAUUCUUUUGCCUUUAAUGACUGGAAUAAUUAUUACUGGAGUCAUAGCUGCUGUUCCUUUAUAUGUUGAAUACCCCAAAUGAUUAGACAAUUAUAUAGAUGAUAUGACCUAUAGUCAAGGAGUUGCUUUGCUAAAUAUGAGCGAGUACAUGGCAUUAGCUGGCUCAUAUUCAGUUAUUCAAUACUCUGCUAACCUGAUGAUCAUUGCAGGAGCCUUAAUUGAUAAAUACAACCAAAAGCAGCUAAAAACAAAGCCUUAUUUUGAUGAUUCCAAUAAUUAUGUAAAUGGGCAAUUAUUUGACUUAAAACAGUCAUUUCCGCCUGGCUAUGACUCAUCUACAAAUAAAAGCUAUGAAGCUGCUGUAUGAUAUUUAAAUCCAAUAAAUUACCAAAAAUAUAAAAAUAAUUGCUAUUUUUUUUUAAAAAAUAAAUAAAAUUUAAAUCCAUAUCAGAUUUUUCCACAACAACUUUCUACCCAAUCUCUCUUGAACUUGAAGUCUUCCGCUAUUUUUGACAGUUUUUUAAGGCCCAUAGCAUCAAUUGGGAAGAUCAGACCUUGAUAUUUUGCACAAGACUAUAUAGGAUGGUCAUCUGAUGGGCUAUUUUAUUCAAAUCCAUCACAAUAUAGCGGAUUUAUUGUAUACAGAGACUAUUCAGGAAAAUGCGUUUAUAAUCUUCAUAGGCCACCUCAGUUUGACCCAAGGUGUAGACCAUGGUAUCAAGAUACAAAAAAUGCGACCAAUAAAACAGCUGCAAUUUUAACUGAGCCGUAUUUAUUUACCAAUACAAAUAAUUUAGGCCAAACUGCAUGCAGAGGAAUUUGGAUUAGCAGCGCAAUGCAAGCUGCUGUAUGCAUUGAUUAUUAUCUUGACACGAUAGAAACCCAUAUAAUAAAUUCGCUGAAAAAUACGUCAUCGUACUGCUAUUCAUUAGACACAACAGGAAAAGUUGUUUUACACCCUAACUUAAAUAGAAAUAAUCCUACAAUACCUUCAAUCCAGCAGCUUGAAUUUGGCUCAAAUCCUGAUCAAGAUGAAGUCGAUUAUUUUACAAAUGAAAUUUUACCAAAAUUCAGCAAAAAUGAAAGCUCUUUACUCCCCCGCUCAGUUAGCCAACAAAACCAUUGGAAAAGUUCCUUUUUUUUGACCUAAAACCUCCUCUGUGAGCUAAAAAAAUUUGAUAUAUAAGUGAAAUUAUUAUAAUGAAAUCUCUAACUAAUUCUGUUAAUUUUAAACAGCUUGCAUUUAAUUAAUUUUUAUUUUAAAAUUAUUUCGAAUUGGGAUUUUUUAAUUUCAAAAAAAUUUACUAUAUGUUAAUUUUUUAAGCCCCUUCAGAACGAACAAAGUUUUCUCUCGCUCUCGGAGGGGGGAGUUAGGAAAUUACUAUAAAAAUGGCGAAAAAAUGAUAAUUGCAGUUUCCCCUAUAAACUUGAGGAUGACAUUUUCUCAGUCAAUUAUGACUCAUUAUCUUUCUAUAGGAAUAGUCACACCAGAAAGUCAAGUUUAUGAAAAAAUUGACGGUCUAAAAGAUGACUGCCAAAAUAUGAUGUAUAUCUAUUUAUAAUAAAUAAUUUUUACAAGUAAAUAAUGUAACAGCUAAUCAAUAUUUUCAUAUAAACUAAACAUACAUAGAAACUGGGAUUUUUGCAGGGGUUUUAGUCCUUAUUGCAUUAUUAUGCUGGUAUAUGACCCAAAACAUAGCUUCAUCUAUUGUAGCUCCAAUUGACAAAUUAUUAGAAAUCUUAGAAAGGCUUGUAAAUCAUGAUUUAGGCUUAGACAUAAAAGAACAAUAUACUCCAGGCCCCCCAGAAAUGGAAACCUUAUAUGAAGUUUUUGAUAGGCUAAGACUCGUUCUCAAGCUUAAAGAUACUGAUAAUUUUAAACAAGAAACCCACGCGAUCAUGAAUUACUCUCAAGCACUAUCAUUGUAUUCCACUUUUGGCAAUAAAAAAGCUAUGGAAAUGUGCUAUCUGGAGCUUGGAAAUAUUCAUUUGAGAAACCAUCAGUAUUUAGAAGCGGCCACAAGCUAUUAUAAUUCUUAUCAGCUUGCCCAACAAAUUGAAGGAUUUUCUGAAAAAUUAUUAGCAAAGCGAAAAUCCCAAACAGCGAGAGCAAUGAUGCUUGCUAGAGUUAAAACAGAAGAAGCUAUAAAUCUGUUUGAAGAAGCUUUGGAGUUUUAUAGAAAAGAGCCAAAUUCUCCAGAAAUUGUGUUUUGCUUACUCCCCCCCCUCCGUGAGUGAACAAAAAAAUUUUUUGUUCACUCACCGAGGGGGGUUAAUUUUUUUUUUUAAAAAAAAAUUUAUAUAUAAACUUUCUAAAAAAUUUUUUUUUCGAAAUUUAAAAAAAAUCUAAUUCGCAAAAUUUUGAAAGCAAAUAUUAAUUUAAUUUUAUAAAAUUAUGUUUAAAAUUAAACAGAAUUAGCUCUAGAUUUCAUUAUACUAAUUAUCAUUUAUAUAUAAAAAUUUUUUUUCCAUAAAAAAUUUUCUAUUAAAAAAAUUUUUGUUCACUCACGGAGGGUGGAUUUUUUGGGCAAAAAAUAAGGAUUUUUCUAAUGGUUUUGUUCACUCGCGGAGGAGGGGGAGUUAAUAGAUUACGCAGAAGGGCUUUUAGCUGAUUUUAGAAACCCUGAAGCAGCACUUGAUGAAGCCCAAUCAUUAUUAGAAAAAAGGCCAGUUGACUCCUUACAAGACAUUUUGAUGCAGAGGCAAAAGUACUAUCUUGGAGUCCACCUACAAAAUCAGUCAAAAACUAUGUUUGCAGCUGAUCUAUUUUUAUCUUGUAUAGAAGACUAUCAAUAUUUCGACCCAGCAAUCAGAAAACAGUCCAUUAAAAGACUAAUUUCUAUUUUCGAAAGCCAAAGAUUACCAGUCGACGAACUAAAUGCAGCCUUAACCACAGUAGAAGAGAGGCAACAAGAUAUCGUAAUCGCCAUGGACACAAAAUUAGGAAGCUCCUAUAUGCACGCAAACCUUAAAACUUUUAUAAAAGACAUUGUAGAUCCUAAAGACCGUCUUUCUAUAAUUAAUUUUGAUGACUCUUGUAGAAUUUUAUUCAAUCUUACCAAGCGGCUUUCAAAAGACAUAAAAUUCCCAGAAUAUAAAUUAAGAAAAGAAAAAAGGGUUUUAUUAGAUGGGAUUGCGGAGGCUUAUAAACAAAUUAUUGCCUGUAAUUUUUAUUUUGAGGAUUCUUAUUUGGAAAAUGAUACACAAAAUCAUCAAUGGGUUAUUGUGAUUACAGAUGGAGAAGAAAAAGGGAGUAAUAUAAAGCUUGAAAAAUUAGAAAAAAUUAUAAGGAGCACGCCAGCGAAUCUUGUGGUCCUUUCGGUAAAUAGUCAUUCGUUUGGGAGGAAUUUGUUGAAUGAGCUAGUAAAAAUGACGAAAAGAGGGAUAUUGAUGGAUACUGUUUAUGAAGACCUUGAAAGCUCGUUUAAGAAACUGGCAGCUUAUGUGUGUCCCUUUAAGAUUUUUUUGAAAAAUUAA